CAGCCCAGUAUUCAGUUCACCGAAAGCCCCCUAAAGCAACUGAUGUUUAACUCGCCCGAUCCGUCCAAAUCGAAAUUCCAAAUUGAACGUAUUGUUCCAGCGGCGAAGACCAGAGUCCAGCUAGAACUGACAUGGCCAGCCCGGGUCGGGAUCCGCAACGAUCGUUCCAAGCCUGGCGCAUUCUCAACGAAAGCUUUCGCAUGUUCGCCACAAAGGCUCCUGUGUCCGGACGCCGAUGCCUUAGCCUGCAGGAGCAACAGGGUCUAAACGACGCCUUGGGCUUGUGUGUAAUCAAUGUGUCCGGUGUCCUGCGCACCUUGUACGCCAGUCACAUGCGUCUGGACGUCAACAGGACGCGUAUGAUCGUGGAGCAGUCGCAGAUGGAUAUUGAGCUUAAAAAUCGGAAGGCCCAGCUUUGGAGGACACAGUGCGAGCUGCGCAACAAACGGUUCGAGAUAAUCCAUCAGAGGUACGCAUCGGCCAAGAUGACCGAACGCCUGGAGAAGGCCAGGCGCACCACCAGGUUGCUGGAGGAGCGCCAUCGGAAGCUGGAUGUCCUGGCCGUGGACAAGGGCGAACUUUAUACAUCGAGGUCAGUGAUGCUCUGCUCGCGGAUGUUUGAUCUCACCCAGGAGGUGAUCAACACCAAGAUGCGCAUAAAUAGUUUUGAGCAAGCCAAAGCCCACAUAAAAAGGCGCAUCUUGGAAUUGCAACUCCGUCGUAUCCGGCGCCGCCGGCAGCUGUGCGAAGAGGUGCAGCUCCUGCGACAGGUCAAGGAUCAAUGGCAGGUUUUAAUGCCACCGAUGGUGAUGCGCGUGUGGCAAAUCAUUCGCGGUUGGUGGGACUGUGUGGGCAGCCUGGGUCUUGGCUGUCACUCACCCCACAAGAUGCAGAGUUCAGCAAGCGCCCUUAAUCUGUUUGUGGCGUGUUUUUAGAGUUCGUUCAUUCCAGGAUCAUUUAAACAUUUUUUUGUUGUAAUUUUUUAGCGGUCUUUCAGUGUGACCACAAUAUACCACAAUAAAAGCAUUUGGUAUAUGUGGUAUUA